UACAUUCUCACACACAGUUCCAUGAUGUGGACUCCGACCCUCCGCACCAUUCUCUUCGCUAGUCUUGCAAGCCUCUUCGUCUCCGCCCGCUGCGGCGAUCAAUCUCGGGAAGGCGCCGCUCUGUUCAUCUUCGGCGACUCCCUCAACGACGCUGGGACCAACAACUACAUAGACACCAUCUUCAGAGCGAACUUUACUCCGUAUGGUGAGACGUUCUUCCACCGUCCCACCGGCAGGUUCACCGACGGUCGUUUGAUCGUUGAUUUCAUUGCUGAAUAUGCAAAGCUGCCGCUGAUUCCGCCAUAUCUCCAAAUGAAAGGCGAUGAAUUCAUGGGAGGGGCGAAUUUUGCAUCCGCCGGAGCUGGUGCUUUGGACGAAACUUACAGAGGAUUCGUGGUGGGCAUGGAGACGCAGCUGAAGCAGUUUGAGCAGCUAGAGGAGAAGCUGAGGAAGAAGAUGGGGAGUGAGAAGGCGAAGAGGAUAAUCAAGGAGGGCGUUUACUUCUUUAGCAUCGGAAACAAUGAUUACUUCAUGCCUCUCACUUUUAAUCCAGAUCUGUUUCAGUCCGUUUCCAUGGAAGAUUACGUGGGGAUGGUGAUGGGAAACAUCACCACCGUGCUCAAGGGAAUAUACAGAGUAGGAGGAAGAAAAUUUGCAAUGAUGGGACUAGGGCCAAUCGGGUGUGUGCCGGCCAUGAGAGUAUUGACCAAAAAUGGUUCUUGCUUAGGUGAAGCCAACAAGCUCGCCAGGCUUCACAACAUUGCUCUUACUUCAAUUCUCACAAAACUGGAGACCCAACUGCCAGGAUUUCAGUACUCCUACUUCGACUUCUACACCACAGGCAGUGAUAGUAUCCAAUACCCAUCAAAACAUGGUUUUAAGGAAGCGAAAACGGCGUGUUGCGGCUCGGGUCCUUUUAGGGCGUAUCCGACCUGUGGAGGCGAUAGAGGAGUGGAGGGUUAUUCAUUAUGCCGUCAUCCCCAGAAGUUCGUAUUCUUUGAUGCCAACCAUCCAACUGAGAGGGCUAAUUGGCAAAUCGCGCAGUUGAUGUGGGAUGGGAAACUCAGCGUAAUCUGGCCUCGCAACCUGAAAGCAUUGUUCGAGCAUUAGGGUGUUUAAUUUUUUUUUCCUGGAAUUAUAGGUAAAUAAUCACAUCCCACUUAACGUCAAAUUAUGAAUGACGACGCAUGAUGUUGGAUGGGUUGUACGGUUGCACUUAUGUUAAAGAAUAACGACGUUUAAAUGAAUCCUAGUAUUGUUCGAACGUGGAAAGACUUGAAUGCUUCAAAAGU